UUACAGCAACCGGUUUGUAACUGAUAUUUCUGUUUCUACAAGUUUUUAUCUGGCCAUUAUCAUGUCCAGCCAUCUCGACAUCCCCACUACGGAGGAAUCUGCUCUAAUGCAACCGGGAAUGGUUGGCGCUCCUCACACGGAGACGUCCAUCGCUCGCGAUUUCCAGCACCAGGAAGCCAUUCGUCGCGAGGCCUCUGGCAACGCACUCCCCAUGUCGGCUUUGCAAUCUGGGGGUGCUGCUGGAGUUCUUGUACCGGAAGCCAAUGCGCAGUCGAAUAGGGAUAACGACACAACCGAGAUUGAGACAUUUAAUGCGAUUCAGAGGGGUAGUGCUAGCUUACAUUCCGCUGAUGCCUAUCCGUCCCGGUAAUUGCGGUGCGGAGGGAACAUCAUAGGUGCUGGGUAGCUACGUAGGGAAUUCUUGCAUUUCCAUUCUCAGAGACUGUUCUGCUCGGUCUACUAGGUUUAUUUUGUUUGUACAGCUUCUCAAUAACACCAUCGGUCCUGCAUUUUGUCGGCUCCCAG